GUGCACGACGGCGGGGUAGAAAACGAAAGGGACGGAGACUUGAACAUCAUUCACACACAAAUGCUUCGGCGUUAAGCUACCGUACCGUUCCUCUGAACCAAGAACACAACCGGACUACGAGCUGCACGAGGACUGCAUCUCUGGAAGUGUUAUCUGAUGGUUUUUAUGCGUUAGCCUACACACUAUUUAUUACACUUUCUUUAUACAUCUAACGUGACCAAAACGCACGUUUGGCCACGCUUUGUGAAUGAUAAAAAACCGCCUCCAGACUUCAAGGACGUUUUUACCGAGCAGCUGACAGUCACGGAAACGGACGGCACGUUAGCAACGGCUUAUAGGUGGAAAAAACGGUACACGAUACGAACUCGAUAGCCGGUUUUUGAUUUUGACCGUCAGUCCUGACUUGCCGUGGUCAUGCCUAGUGCGCGGCAGUCCUACACGGUCACGGUGCCCGAGGAGCCCCCGGCGGCCCCGCUGCCCUUCACCAAGCCGCAGUCGCGAAGGAAGAGUCCGCCCAUGUCCCGCUCCAUGCUCGUAUCCACAUUCGUGGGACUCCUGAUCAACCAAGCUAAGAACUCCAAGAAUGCUCAGGGACUUGUGGGCCUGAGGAACCUGGGGAACACUUGUUUCAUGAACUCCAUCCUGCAGUGUCUAAGCAACACUCACGACCUGCGGGACUACUGUUUGCGGAACACGCACCGCACCGACCUCAACAACAACUGCAGGGCCAAUGCAGCCCUCAUGGAAGAGUUUGCAAAGCUCACUCAGACUCUGUGGACAUCAGCAAGCAAUGAAGCCAUCAGCCCCUCUGACUUCAAAACACAAAUCCAGAAGUAUGCUCCCCGUUUCGUUGGCUACAACCAGCAGGAUGCUCAGGAGUUCCUUCGUUUCCUUCUAGAUGGGCUCCACAAUGAAGUGAACCGAGUUUCAAUCAGGCCCAGAGUGCCCGUGGAAGACUUCGACCAUCUCUCGGAUGAUGAGAAAGCUAAAAGAAUGUGGAAUAAGUACCUGGAAAGAGAAGACAGUAAAGUAGUUGAUCUAUUUGUAGGUCAGUUGAAAAGCUCCCUGACCUGCAGUGAGUGUGGUUUCUGCUCCACUGUAUUCGAUCCGUUCUGGGAUCUGUCUCUACCUAUUGCCAAGAGCUCUGGAGAGGUGUCUCUGAUUGACUGUCUUCGGCUUUUCACUAAGGAAGAUGUGCUGGACGGCAAUGAGAAACCAACAUGCCAAAGGUGUAAAGCCAGGCGUAAAUGCACAAAGAAAUUCUCCAUCCAGAAAUUCCCCAAAGUCCUUGUGCUUCAUUUGAAACGCUUCUCUGAAGCUCGUAUCAAGACCGCUAAACUGUCCACCUUUGUCAACUUCCCCAUCAAAGAGCUGGACCUGCGGGAAUUUGCCUCAGACAACAGCAUGAAUGCCAUCUAUAAUCUGUAUGCAGUGUCCAAUCACACGGGCACCACUCUAGGUGGUCAUUACACCGCAUACUGCCGCAACCCUUCCACAGGAGAGUGGUACACAUACAAUGACUCUAGGGUGAGCCCCAUGUCAUCCAGCCAGGUGCGGAGCAGUGAUGCCUAUGUGCUGUUCUAUGAACUCGUUAACUCCUCGCGUAUGUGAAGAGAGCAGGCCUCAUCUUGGCCUAAAGAUGGACAGUAAAGCCUAGGACUUGAUGCCUUCUGGCUGUUUGUAGGACAGUAUAGCCUGGGGGCUAAUGCAUAGCCUGGGCCUGUGGGCUGGCCAAAUGCUGGGACUAAACUUCAGUGGAGGUCUAUGCUUUGAGUCGCAGACUGAGAUUAUUUUACAAGUUGAUGGACGAAGGCCAAGCACAUAGUUGGACUGAAUCAUAGUCAAGGCCUGUUCUUUUCUAAGAAGCCUGGGAUUUCGAAGCAUAGCCCAGAACGAGCUUCCGUAUAAGGGCUUCCCCAUCCCAUCAUUCCACUGGAUGGAGAUUGCUGCUCAAGGGAUGGGGAUUAGAACACACUCCUCCUGGGAAGAGAGAGAAACUGGAACACUACCUCUCAUAAUUGAGCAGGACUUUGUGCGUGUGUGUGUGUGUGUGUGUGUGUGUGUGUGUGUGUGUGUGAGCACAGACAGAUGAACUCUAUGCACUACCUGGAGCUCACAAUUCCUGUUUGGUAGUCACUAUGACACCACUAAUUUUAAUUUAUUAACUUUAUUUUAAUAUUCUAUUUUUGAGUUGUUGAAGAUGAAGAUGUGUCACUGAGUGACCUUAAAGGUGCACUCUGGCUAAUAUUAAUAAUAAUAAUAAUAAUAAUAUAUAUUAUAUAAUUAAUAAUAAUAAUAAUAAUAAUAACAUUGCUGACCUGUAGUUUUGCCACAGUAGUCUCUUUAACAGUUUAAGGACUAGGAAAGGCACCUUCUGAUGAUGUAUCUUGAAGGUGGGCAGAACUACUCUAAGCUUACUGUUAGGAGGUCAAAUAUCUUGACUGUUUAUUAGCCUUUACAUCAUCAGCUAGGCAAGCAGUCAGGAUUUCUUUAUUGCUGUGGGAGGAUUCUCAGUGGUUGUAUUAUGCAUUCACUUAAUGCAGGCUGUGUAUUGCACUAGUGAGAGAACAUUGAUGGACAAACACAAAAAGCACUAAAUCAUGGAUUCUGUCAAAGCAGUGAGGCUGAGGGAUGCAGUGCUUUACAGAAUACUGCAUAACACAACAAUAACACAUCCUAGUUUAGGCCAGAAUGCCCCUUUAAAAACAUUCACUGUGACCAGAGGAGGGUGUGCUGAAGUGCCCCCUGGUGGAGUUUUAAAGCUAAAACCAGCUCAUCUCCAGGAACUAAAAAACUUUUUUUCCCACAUUUUCUGUUUGUACCACAGCAUUCAGCUUAAUUUGGGAAAAGAGCUUUCACAGCACAAAAAGCCACCUGGUGUGUCUCUGUGUGUCAUUUGUGAGUGUGUGUGUGUGUGUGUGUGUGUGAGAGAGAGAGAAAGAGACUUUAUUUAUGAAGUGCGAAUUGUGAAUGUAUGUUCCUGAGUUGCAGUGUCUGGACUAAGUCAUUGUCAUGACUAAUACAGAAUGAAUGUGACUCAUAUGCAUAUGAAGUACUUUUGGCUUUUUAAAAGUCAGGUAGAUGUAACUAUAAAUAAAUUAAUCAACAAACA